AUGUUUUAUUAUUCAGUCCGGCAGUUGUCCAUUCGAGUUCGUAUUGCUGAAGAAAAGGUUAAAAAAUAUGAAUUGCAAAGUGAUAAUUUGAAAUUCACCAUUGCGCAGAUGAGUAAAGAAAUGGAUGACAAACAGAGCGAAAUGAAUGAGAUGCAAAAAGCGUUUAAAGAGCAGAUUAGCAAUCUUCAAGAUAUGUUGUCGAAAAAAAAGUUUGAAGAUAAAAAAGAUAAAUUUGACAAAGUUAUAUCACUUCUACAGUCUGCUUCAGAAACUUCAAAAAUUUACGAGCCUUCAUUUAUGUUUUUUGAUGAAUGGAAAGCAGAGACCGCGAAUGCAGAAACACAAACAGAUGAUUGGAUGAAAAGGUUCAUUCGAAGGGCACAAAGCACUGGUCCGUUGUGUACAGCAAAGGCUGCUGAGUUUUCAAUACCAAAACCUGUAAUUAAUGAUAACAGAGAAGAAGCAUGGAGGUUGUCAGAAGAAAUUAAAAAACUAGAAAUGGAAAAAUAUCUCCUUACAACGAAAUUAAAGUUGGCAAGCAACAAAUUAGAAGAGUUCAAAUUGCAAGAAGCACAGAAAAAAAGUUUGGAAACUCGAUUACUUAUAUUGAGCGAAAUGAAUGACUGCCUUGUGAGGGAAAAUGAAGAACUGAAAAUAACGGGUGGAUUAAAAUCGAGUGCAGAAAAUAGUGGUAUAAUCUCAGAAACGCAGAAAACAUGCGAUCAAAUUUCGGGAGAUCAAAUGAACGGAGAGCCGUCAUUUAAAAUUUUUCAUAUGAAGAUGAAUCCGUUGGAGGAAGCUCAUCAAGAAUUACUAAGUUCUGAUAGGAAACGAGAAUGGAAAGAGAGUGAAUCUUCUUCACUUCAGAAUGAAAGUAGCAGUGAUUUGGAUGGAACUGUGAAGAAAAAGCAACGAACCGACCUAAUGAAGCAGAUAGCUGAUUUGGAGUUCCAACUGAAUAAAGCACAGAAAGAAAACGAGAAGGCUUUAAAGUUACAAAGUGAUUUGGUUAAAAAAUAUCGUGCUUUUGUUACGGCUCUUUCUGGAUUGCAAAUAAAAAUGAAGGAAGAUGAUAUGGUCGAAGUUGAAAGCAUUUUUGAUCCAGGAAAUUGUUUUACUUUCAAGAUUUACGACUAUGGGAAAACAAUUAGUUUAUUAGAAACAGAAUAUGCAACCCGUUGGACAUCGCAAAUUCGUGAAUACUUGGAAGGGAGAAAUUCGACUCCUGCUUUUCUAGCAUCUGUUACUUUAAUAUUAGAUGAACGUGCUGAAAGCACAACUACUGUAUCAUUUUAUCCGUCUGAUUAA